CACCCUUGCAACAUCUGCAGUUAAAAUAAUUAUCAAAUUCUACAAACUCUUAUUACUUGGAGAUUCCCAGAUAUCAGUAGCAAUGGCUGAUAUAGAAAUAACUGAUGUGGAUGUAAAGGACAUGCGAUUCCCAACAUCUUUAUUAUCAGAUGGAAGUGACGCAAUGCACACUGAUCCUGAUUAUUCCUGCGCAUACGUCACAAUAAAAACCAACAAAGGAUACGAAGGCUAUGGAUUAACAUUUACUCUGGGAAGAGGGACCGAAAUUGUUGUUCAAGCCUGUUUGACUCUGUCCAAAAUCGUCAAAGGUAUGAAAACAAAAGAUAUUUACUCUGAUUUUGCAUCUUUCUGGAGAAAACUGACGAGUGAAACACAAAUGAGAUGGAUUGGUCCAGAAAAAGGCGUUACUCAUUUAGCAACCGCCGCAAUUAUAAAUGCUUUAUGGGAUUUAUGGGCACGAAUCGAGGGAAAACCUCUUUGGAAAUUGCUUGCAGAUCUUACACCAGAGCAACUGGUUUCCACAAUUGACUUUAGAUAUAUAACGGAUGUAAUUACGAAAGAAGAAGCCUUAAAUAUUUUAAAAGAAAAACAAGCUGGUAAAGCCCAGCGAGAAGAAACUUUAAUCAAAAAUGGAUACCCAGCUUACACGACUCAAGUUGGAUGGUUGGGUUACAGUGACGAAAAAGUUCGUGAAUUAUGCAAAAAAUAUCUAAGCCUGGGAUUCACGUCUUUUAAGGCUAAGGUGGGUCAAAGUCUGAAAGAUGACAUUCGAAGAUGUGAAAUUAUAAGGGAGGAGAUAGGAGAAGAAAAUAAGCUAAUGGUGGAUGCGAAUCAAGUUUGGGAUGUCCAGGAAUCCAUAGAGUGGAUGAAGAAUUUAAAAGAAUUCAAUAUAACUUGGAUUGAAGAACCAACUUCUCCUGAUGAUAUUUUAGGACAUGCUACAAUUGCAAAGGCCCUUCGCCCUUAUGGAAUUGGGGUUGCAACUGGAGAAAUGUGUGCCAAUCGAGUCAUAUUUAAACAAUUACUUCAGGCCAAGGCCAUCGACUAUUGUCAGAUUGAUUCUGCUAGAAUUGGUGGCGUUAAUGAAAUACUGUCUGUGUACUUAAUGGCGUACAAACUAAAUGUACCAGUUUGUCCGCAUGCAGGAGGCGUGGGACUGUGUGAAAUGGUUCAACACUUACAAAUGUGGGACAUGAUUUGCCUAAGUGGAACAAGUGAAAAUAGAAUAAUCGAAUUUGUGGAUCAGCAACAUGAACAUUUUGAAAAUCCUACAAUUGUUCGAAAUGCUCAUUACAUACCUCCCAAAGCCCCUGGAUAUUCCACAAAAAUCAAAAAAGAAAGUAUCCUAAACUACGCUUAUCCUGACGGCAAGGAAUGGCAAAGAAUGUUUAAAGAAGGCAUUUUUGCGGCUCCAGAUGUUUGAAAACGCCUCCAAGGGCUGUAUUUUAAAAAUAUCAAAGAAUAUACAACAGUGAUAAACUGUAACAAAUUAUGGACAUUACAUUGGCAAUGUAAGAUAUACUUUAUAUACUGUAUAUUUUUUUAACGCAUGGAUUAAAUACGAAACAACUCACUAGAUCUUGAGAUACUUGUACCAACCUCGAGAUCAACAUUUAGCUUUCUUUCGCCAAAUAACGUUGAGAGAAUUUAUAGAAUGGUGAAAAUUUUCUACGUUAAUUGCUGGAUUGGAAGCGUGAUUUCACAUAGUCAGUCUGAAAGAGAAAAAAUGUAAUUGAAUAAAGUGAACUUAUUUAUA